AUGGUUCCGCCGGCGACACAGUCGCCGAACCCUCAAGAAACCCAACAAUUCCUCAGCUCCGUUCUUUCCCAGCGCGGUCCAUCCGCAGUACCAUACUCCGAAGACACAAAAUGGCUCAUCCGUCAGCACUUGAUCUCUCUCCUAACAACUUUCCCUUCUCUUGAACCCAAAACCGCUACUUUCACUCACAACGAUGGCCGCACCGUUAAUCUCCUCCAAGCCGAUGGAACCAUACCCAUGACCUAUCAAUCCGUUACCUACAACAUACCCGUUGUUAUCUGGCUCAUGGAAUCUUACCCUCGUCAUCCGCCUUGUGUCUAUGUAAACCCUACCAGAGACAUGAUUAUCAAACGCCCUCAUCCUCAUGUUAAUCCUUCUGGCCUUGUUUCUGUUCCUUAUUUGCAUAAUUGGAUCUACCCUAGUUCCAAUUUGGUUGAUCUUGUUCUCUCUUUGAGUCUUAUCUUUGGUCGUGAACCUCCUCUUUAUUCCCAACGUAGACAUAGUAAUAAUAACCCUAAUCCCAAUCCCAAUCCCAAUCCCCAUCCCAACCCUAAUCAUAACCCUCAUCCAAAUCCUCAUCCUCAUCCUAAUUCAAGUUCCAAUUUUGCAUCUGCUUCUUCAUCUGGGUAUCCUCAUCCUGCUAGGAACAAUUACCCUCCUUCGCCUUAUUCGCCUUCGCCUUCUCCUCGUCCUCCUCAUACGGAGGAUCCUACUGAGGUUUUUAGGAGGAAUGCUAUUAACAAGCUUGUGGAGAUGGUGCAUAAUGAUGUUACAUCUUUGAGGAAGACUAGAGAAGCUGAAAUGGAGAGUUUGUUUGGUUUGCAAGGGGUUUUGAAGCAGCGCGAGGAGGUUCUGGAUAAAGGUGUGAAGGAAAUGCGAGAGGAGAUGGAGGGUUUGGAACAGCAACUUCAGAUGGUUUUGAUGAAUACUGAUGUUUUAGAGGGUUGGUUGAGGGAUAAUCAAGGGAAGAAGUUGGAGAGUUUGGAGAAUGUUGAGGAUGCUUUUGAGUGUGUGGAUGUGCUUUCUAAACAGAUGCUUGAUUGUACUGCUGCUGAUUUGGCUAUUGAAGAUACUCUUUAUGCAUUGGAUAAGGGUGUUCAGGUGGGAGCAGUACCGUUUGAUCAGUACUUGAGGAGUGUGAGGGUGUUGUCGAGGGAGCAGUUCUUUCAACGGGCUACGGCUGCUAAAGUUAGAGCUGCUCAGUUGCAGGCUCAGGUUGCUAAUAUUGCUGCGAGGAGUCAUCAUUAUGGUAACUGA